ACAGACAGUAGAAAGAUAUAGCGGAAUUUGCAUGUCCGACAUAAGCAUACCCCCAUUCGUUUGGUAGAGUCCCAUCACCCUAGGACCGCUUAUCCCUCGUGAGCCAAGACGCCAUGUCGAUAUCGCCACGAGCAUUGUCAGAUCCCACUUCGCCCAUCCCGGACGUUGCACAUGCCAACAACACUGAUGGUGGAAGUGAACAGCAGGGGGCAUACGGCGGAGUUGACCGCCGUGGCUCGCAAGACUCUUCAAUAGACAGCGACCGACCUGCCUCUUUAGCUGCAAACGCCGAAGGAAGGAGAUCGGCACGUAAUAAGCCUGUAAUGGACACGGUCACUCGUGCGAAGAAAUACUGGGAGCGUUUGCGGGCUCACGUGCGACGGGGAUUCUUUCAUUCCCUCCUCAAUACUCGAACAGGCGCCACGUCGGACUUCUUGUCCCUCGUUGAUCGGUUAUGGACUUUAGUUCAUCAGGCCCGGCCGAGAAGCAGCAUAGGUCCGCGUCAACAGCAGCAGCAGCAGCAGGCCUCGCAGCAUAAGGGGCAGAACCAGCAGCCAGACAGUACAACCGAGUUUGUGAUGGCAGGGUGGGCCAGAAUCAAAGCUGAGCAGCACGCACUGGAACGACAGAGGGCCCGAGCAAUCGAUGCUGGGGUUGGAGGAUUACCGGACACUCGUGUUUUGCAAAAUCGCCGCGGUGGAGGGAGAGUACACAGUGCGGGUGGUACUGGAGGGGAAAACGCGGAGCACGGUUUCGACGGCGAAAUGGAGGACGACCGCGAGGAAUCCGGUGGCGUGACCAUUGGAGGCCUGCUGGGAGGCGGAGGGGAAGAAGUCACGGGAGACGACGAUGGAAUGAGAGGUGGAUCUGGGGCGUACACAUCGGCGAGGACCCGUGGAUACGGGCUGGAGGGACUGAGCUUGGACACCGUACCAAACGCGAACGUGACGAAAGAAUUGAUGCAAAUAUCGAAGGGUCUCCAUGUGCAGCCCCUCGAUGAGGCGGAUUUCUAUACGGUUCAAGUUCAUUUCAACCGCGGGUGGAAAUUACUUCUUCUUGGUCUCGGGCAACAAGAAUCCCUUGCCCGAUACAUGGCGAUGGCAGCACUUCGUCGAGCUAUCCCAGUGAUCAACGACACUUUGCUGGAUUCCACCACCAGGGAGAGUUUGAUCCGGGUGUUAAUCAACUUGAUGGUGUCAGACGAGCGAUCGGAAAAUCGGCUGAAAGCUGUUUACUUGCUCGGGCAACUUGGGUUUUACUUGGGCACUGUGCGAGAGCAUGAUGACUUAUUGAUGACCGCGUUCAAAGAGCUCACCAAGAAGUUGCUCUCCAUCCAGUAUGAGGAGAAACGUGAUCCGGCUCGGGGUGCAAGUCGGUUCACUGCCCGAAACCGGGAGUUGAAAAUUUACCUUCUGAACGCUAUUGGCAAAUUCACACAAUGUGCACAUAAACAGUCUCGGAUUGUGGAAGACCUCCUGGUGUACAUGCUGCAUGAGGAAUUCGAGAGAGGCGAAUCUGCAACCGACUUGAGGAAGCUCGAUCCCCAGAGUACCGCGGCGCAAAGUACUACGACAGCAUCUUCACGCAAGGCGAAAAGUUUUCCGGCGUUACAUGUCGUCCGCGCUCUACUAAGUACGUUAAACAACGAGAUGAAGCGAACGGAUAGUAAUCAAAAAUACAUCGGCGCGAUUUUCAAGAAAUAUGUGCAUCCUCUGAUGAGAUCCAAUCACCAGACAUUGCAGACAAUGGCCGUACAGUUCAUUAGCAACUGGCUCCCCAUCAUGAAUGACGAUGCAUCCUUGCUUGGCAUCGAAACAUUGAUCUCCGGUCUUGAGCAUACGAAGAAUUUGCAUGUCCCAAAUUUCUCCCGCACGCAAUAUGAUGCUGAAUACAAAGCGCUGAAAAUGAGGACGCGCAUCGAAGAAUCACGUAUGGCAAUGCGGUCCAAGCUUCUUCGCCAACUAUUAUUGGUCCCGGGCAACUUUGCCAAGCUUGUUCCGGUACCUGGUCACCUCGGCUUCUUUGUGGAAGUGAAUUCGAGCAUGAUGUACACGAAGGGCAUCGUUGUGAACCUACCGAUUCACCCGAAAUCGAGUGUGACACUGAGUCGCCCUCUCCCAAAUAUUCCUGGAGUUCCUCCAGCAGUGACUACUAUUCCUCCCGUCUUCAUGGACCCGUUGUGGGCCGAACGACAAAAGGCGCCUGAACAUAGAUAUGAAUAUAUGGAGCGCGCCGGGGAAGUGCCUGGAGUACCAUAUGGAUACACAUACUCUCCGGCUCCGUUGGUUGAUGUUACCGAGCUGCUGAAAGGUGAUAAUCCGGAGUCGAAAGGUAUCCUCCGGACAGACGGUGCACAACGUCUGGUCGAAGGCUCCGCUGGCCGAGCAGAAACGUUUAGCAAGGCAGGGGGAGAAUCUGAGGAGGCCUUACCGUCGAAAGGGCCCCAACGCUCCUCCGUUCGCGCUAACCCCUCGCUGGAUAAUAACAAGAAGCCGGCUAUCCCCCCGGGUCGUCAAACUGGAUCCGCACGUCGCCCCUUAUCCUCCAGCCGACCGCGUCGACCCAGCGCUGUCGAUGCGUUGAGAGGUGCCUCGUCUCCAAGCGAGGAUCGCGUGGCACUGCGGAGGGAUAGUUCAACCCAAUCCCUUGCCCGACAGAGACCGCUAGCCAGACGAAAGCGGCGGGAUGAGAUACCCCCAGGAACAGCACGCAUCCCUCAAAAAUCGGACACGAUGCCGAGCGAUAGCAGACGAAUAUUACCGGGGUUUCUCAACAUCUGUCCGUUCCCUGGAUAUGAUCCGGACCGCGUAGAUCGAGCCGCUGUGCCCGUAUCCGCGAUAUAUGGGAAGCAGACAGGACUCAACCGCGCCCAAGUCACCGGUAAUACUGUUUCUGCACCGAUAAAGACUAAGUCAGCUGGUGAAACUCGACAAGGGGCCGAUGUUCCGGAGGGGUUUACCACUGACAGACAUCCAGUACUGUGGCCCAGUCGCAUCCAAAAUCUUCGCAGCGCUCGCUAUCCCACAGACUUUCCCAUCAAUGCCCCGGUUCUAUUUGACAUCAUCCAGCCGGGAUCGACACACUUGCAACGGGUUAUGACACGUGUAGCGAGUAUUAACAAGGAGAUGGCAGCUGUAAGCGUGCAGAGAGGAUCAGAUGAAGACGAGUCACUUUCCACCGGAGCUACAUUCAACAUUUUCAUCCGCACCCGCCAGUCUCCCAAUGAAUGGAUCACGGUGAACCUCGAAGUCGUCGACGACGAUUUCCAGGACGAUAUCUCAUUUGGAAAGCCUAAAUCCUUGCUGCAAUCAAGCCCAAGCUCAAUGCAGUCUCUUGUAAAUAUUCGUAGCGAUAAGUCAUCGCAAGAUGGGGAGCUACGCUCUAGCGCCGUCAGGAAGACCUCGGGCGUGCCCGGUCCCAACUCCCAGGCCCCACAGCCCACAGUCGUAUUCCCUAUUCCAAGCGGGUUCACGACGCAAGGAGAGCCGUAUUUUGCACCACCAAUCAAUAUGACCCCAUUCCCAGUGGGAUACACGGCUUUUGGUGUGCCGUAUUUUGGUAGGACUUCAUCCAUCAAACCUAUUCCAAUGGGAAUGACGACUAUGGGCACUCGCUUCUACUCGGUAGACGGGAAAGCAAGUACGGAUCAGGGUUCUCGCAAUCAUCUUGCUGGAUACGAUAACGUUGGUCAGCCCUUCUUUAUUCCGAGAGGCUGCACUGUGCCGCCCCCGGCUGGUUUCACCAACGAUGGAAUUGCCUACUACGAUAUCCCCUCUCUGAUGCAUCAUCGGGGAGUGAUGGUUAUUCCGCCGCCAGCGACCGUUCGUGCUGCAUGGCCCUCCUUUGAAGAGGACGAUGAUGAGGAGUGGGAUGAGGGUAGUGGCUCAGUGAGUCACAUAGAGUCUCAGCUCAGCCUGACAAGAUCUGCUCGUGGUACGGCGAGGCGGAGGCCACCAAAGCCAAUGGAUCAAGCACAGAUGACGGCUCAACUGGUUGAGAACCUUGAGGAAGCGCAGCCUCAGCUCAAACAAAACUUCUUGAAAGGUCAUAAGCGCGCUGUGGGAACGAUCCGGCGAGUCGCGGAGUUCAGGAGACUCAAUGGGUUUGAUGAGGGAGAAGAGGAUCUUGGGGAUGUCACCAUGGAAGAUCCCGAAGAUAUUGUAGGGUUCUUGCGGGACAGCGAUGAUCUUGCGUAUUUACGGGCCAAUGCCAUUCGCGUUCAAAUCGAGCCAGGGAAUCUCGAGUUUCAAAGCGUGCAUGCCCCCGUGUCGAAAGCAGCGGUACUGAGAUACCGUGCGGGACGUGGAGAUUACGGAGAACGUGACUUUUUCUUGUCAGUCGAACCGGUCGAUGUGUUUGCUGUCAAGAUGUUUCAUCUCAAACUUCAGGGAGAAGGGGUCAUGGAAAUCUCGCUGACCUACUAUCCGGAUGCAAUGAAGAUUGAUCAAGUGGAAGGGUCCUUGAACUUGAUUGACGACACCGGGAAGAAAAUGGCUUCUUGCAGUCUCGUUGCCUUCCGCAAAAGCUUUUUGAAGGUCAACCCAGUCAGUGUAGACGCCGGCUGGACUCUCCCGGAUCGGCGCAAAGAGGUCCUACUCACCAUGGAGAACAUCUCUAGCUCGCCCGCUAUCGUUGCUAUUCAAUUAGAAAGCGAAUUGCAAAAUGUGUCAUCGAAUAACGGAGAAGCAUAUGGAACCCAAUCAUCCACUCCACGAAAGGACGAGCACGGAUCCAAAAGGCAAAGCGAUCGAGACACCUCAGCAUUCGUCUUACCCGUCAGGCAAGUGAAGCUGCAGCCGCACGAGUCCAAAAAUAUCCCCGUGUAUUUCGAACCGACGAAACUCGGGCACUUCGCGGAUGUUGUGGAAAUCAACGGUCCGGGAGGCGAUCUGAUACAUGUAAAAAUUGCUGGUAUUGCCGGAAUACCUAUCGCUGUCUAUCCAGAAAACGAAGAAAAUUCGCGGGCUGGAGCGGCCGAACUCACAAGGGAGCGAUGCAACUUCAUGCGGAAGUUCCGCCGUCCUGAUCCGCGCAGCGGGGAGAAGGCUCAUGUGGCCUUGACCGCGGAUGACACUGCAAUUUUGAAGAAUAUGAUGUCCGCUACUUCUGAUCAGGAUUCACGGAAGGAAGCCCAUACAAUGGAUUUUGGAAUAUGUCCAAGUGAACCUCAUUGCCGUUUGCGGUGCCUCACCCUUAUGAACCUGGCUGACACUCCCGUAACAGUCGGUCUUUAUCCCCAUCACUCCGCCAUCAAGUGUCCGUAUCUAGUACGUAUUGCGCCCCGAAUGGCGAAUACUGUAGAGGUCCGUUUCGAGAAGGAAGAGAGCUCCACUUUGAGCGGAAAUAUCCUCACUGCAAUCGAAGUUAUCUGCCCAGAGUUUCAGAAUAUUCCCUUGAACAUUCGUGCAUUUGUUGGGCAACCCAUCUUCUGUCCGAUUUGGGAGUACGCCUUCUUCAAGCCUUGUCGCAUCGGAGCAGAAGAGCAUCUGACACUGAAUUUCAUCAACGUCUCCCAAUAUGAGCUUCAGUUUCAUGUCGACGGCCUUCGGGUGGCAGGCGAAGAUGUUUCUGAAAGAAGCGAUGGAGAAUCCUCGAUUAUGGAAAGCUGUAUUAGGACCACACUUUCAACGAAAUUCAAUGAGCCGACCACCAUUCCCGCGUUUUCCAUGAUUCCGGCCACGUUCACGUUUUCCGCGAAGCAGAGAGGACCCUUACUGCAGCUCGUUGAGCUGUGUAUUGUAAAGCCUUUCAAACUGAAAACAAUGGCGGCAAUCAUGGAGAAAAGUCUGCACCUUAUUGGCAUUUGCAUCGAGCCCUACCUUCAUAGGCCUGGGGGGAUACCGGAUAAGAAUAGUGUGGACUUCCUGCGAAUGUGGAUGUCUCAUCCGAAGAGGCUUCUGGAUGAAUAUCCAUCAUCAGCUGAAAGAGCGCAGAGGUUUGACUUGGGACCCAUUGCGAAGCCCUACACACCUGGAGCCCGACCCGAGUUGACUUUCGCAAAAGAGCUUGUGAUGUUCCGUCCAGAUUUGUCCCGGCCGAACACUUCUGUGGCCGACGCCAACAUCAGGAGGUCACAUGUUCAGCCCAUUCUCAUCCAGAAUACGGGCAGUCAAAACCGGAACGUAGUGUUUUUUGCGUCUACCGGAUUCAGCGUCGACCCUCGAGCAAAAUCAAUGCAACCAGCGGAUGUUGACAAUGUGGACGUGAUUUUCUUACCCCCGGUCGAUAUAAGUGAAUCUGCGACAACUUUCGGAUUUGCGGCCGCCCUCACGGAUCAUGAUCACACAUUCCACGCGAUACAGACCGUGGGGAAGCCUUUACACGACAUUCUCGUUUUUCCUCAACCAAGUAAGGAUGGAAACGCAGUGAUUCUCGACUUCGGACGCGUGGAGAUGACGGUGCAAGCCUUGGAUAUAAACUUGAAGUAUAUUCUGCUCUGCAACACCUACCUGACCAGCUAUUCUUGGAACGUCAAAUUUGUUGGUACAAAGCAGAAGUUCUCCGCUUUUGAUGCAUCCAUGAUGAUGGGAGAAAUUCAGACCAUGGAAAGCUUUGCGAUUCCCUUUCGAUUCCACUGCGAUACCAGCGGUACUUUCGAGACAACGGCGGAGAUAUAUGUCAAGGAGGCUGUGGACCGUUUCGCCAAACCAGUCAAGCUGGUGAACGUUAUUUUGCGAGGGCAGAACGUGGCGACGUCAAUGACAGGGCUUCCAGACACGUUGGACUUUGGUAGCACGGUAGUAUACCAAAAAAAGAAAAGGAAGAUUAUUAUCUCCAACAAUGGGUCUACGGAAGCGCCAGUCACCAUUCUAUCGCGUCCUCCUUUUGAUAUCAGUCCAAAGUCGUUUUAUCUUCCUCCCAAAGGAAAUCAAGAGAUAGUGGUGACCUACUCACCAACGGAGUCCCGGACGAGUCAGAUCAAGGUUCUAGCGUUCUCAAAUCAUAAGCUUUAUCUUGUUCUUUUGACCGGCACUGGCGGGACAGCCGAGCUCAUCUGCGAAAAGUACGAAACGAAAGACGUUGAUUUUGGCUUUCAACGCGAAGGAACUGUCGGGUACCUAUCUCUUCAUCUCACCAACAAAGGGACCCUGCCGCUGACUUUGAAAGCUGUGACGGCUGAUAACCUGGAUUUGGUCAAAUUGGACUACUUGACGAUAACAUCGACAGUUCCUUAUGAAGUGAACUCGGGGCAGCGGGCGGGCCGCAACGCCAUCGUAGUAAAGCGGGACUUUUGGAGCAUCUUGAGGCGGAAGUUUUCGGUUUUUAGCGUACUGAAACAGUUACUUUCAGGUUCGACAGGGGUGAGGAAGGUGAAGGAUAAAAACCGUAGAAACGAGGGUCCAUCGGAAGAGGAGGGAAAAUCGAUUCGCAUUCAGCGCACGGGGAAGCUCAAUCUCUUGGAUCACGCAUCGCUACUACAACUACCGCAACUUCGCCCAUUUUAUUCGUAUCACUUUCGUUUAGGCUAUACUAGCAGAUAUCAGGCAAGGAAGGACACGGACCUAGUCUUCCAUUAUAUGCCCAUCACCACGGACGAAGACCCAGAGAGCUUGUCAGCUCUUUAUAAAAAUAUGUCCGUCCACGUCAUCGGUGGGGUGUAUCGCACGCUUGAACUCUACCCACCUUACCACGAUUUUGGCUUGGCACCGGCCGAAGCGUACAUCGCACCUGACACGCGCAAGAUGGAGCAUCGUGAACUGCUCGACUCGUAUGGAGUGAUGAGAGAAGGACAGAAAGACGGAGUAGCGCUCCUCCAAUUGGAAGUUCUCAACAUGUCAAUGGAGGCACAGAAUUUGACGCUUCAGUCGAUCAACCCGGAAUUUACGAUCAAAGGGAGGACAUGGACGCUGCAGGCUGGCGAAAAGAUCUACAUCCCUGUGGAAUUUCAUCCUCCGAAGGAACAGGUUCAAUAUCAUGGCGAGGCGCGUUUCCUGCAUAAUUACGGAACAUCCAUUGUGCGGCUCUCCGGAACUGGAGCUAGCGCAGAUCUCUCCACGGAGGAAGCUGUGGAUUUUGGAAGCUUGAAAGUGGGCUCGAUCGGAUCGAAAACGUUGCACCUGCACAAUCGAGGUCUUCUGGCAUGCAAGUAUUUUCUGGAGAUCGCGCAGACAGGUCAGGACUUCACGCUGUUGAGCGAGGAUCCCUUCGAUCACGAGGGCCUCAUCGACAGCGGUGGCCUGGAGUCGCUUGAGAUUGAAUGCAACUGUGAGCGUAUUAUCGAAACUUCCGCGCAAGUCAUCAUCCGUUGGUUGCGGAAUCCCAUAGGAGCCUGGGAGGAGAUCGUCAUCCCUUUGUUGGUCCAGGUGGGGAUGCCGGUGUUCCGAUUGCAAAAUACCGAACUCGACUUUCACACAACGUACAUCAAUGUCAAUAAAGCGUUGAAAUUUGUUGUCACGAACGACGGAAACGCCAUGUGUAACUGGGAAGCCAGCUCGGAAACGCCAUCGCUGACUAUGGACCCGGAGGGGGGCACUUUGCAGCCCGGGGAGACUCUGAUUCUUGAAGUCACGUUUACUCCUCAGGAUUACGAAUCACUCCAUCACAGCAUAACGUUUUUCACCGAUGUUGGGUCCAAGAUUCUCAUGUGCUACGGAAUUGUUGGUGUUCCCUACCUGCAAAUUUCUGAGGAUGACAUGUUCAUCGACUUUGGUAUCGUGUGCAUCAACAAGACUCACACCCACGGGAUGGUGCUGAAUAACACAGGCAAACGGCACAUCGAGUUUGAGAUCAACCUCACAAUGGUGACAAAGGAUGGGACCAUCAUGUCCAACGAUGAUUUUGAUGUUUUCUUCAUCAAUCCCACGCACGAGAUCAUUGAGCCAGGGGGCUCAUUGGUGGUUGAUAUGCAAACGAUGCCCAGAGAAUACAAUGCCAUUUAUGCGGGGCAUUGGAUGAUUCGCACACGAGACGGAGAGCAGUACAGAGGUCGUCUGAUGGCCACGGGCGGAAAGGCCAUCAUCAAAUUGGCCCCUCCGUCUCUGGCCACCGAUGAGACGUCAAUCAAGAAGCCAAAGACCGCGGAAAUGUCUUCGACAGCAGGCCGGCUCACGUCCGCGGAAGAGGCGCAUUUCCUUCCAAGUGUGAUCGAAGCGACACGACUCAACUUACAAUCACACUUGGAUAACUUGCAAGAAGUUUUAGCGGGACUACGUUCUGCUGAAAUGGACCAGUCGAUGUUGGCGGACUUGGCAAAGACUCAGCAAAGAAUGCCAAUGCCUCCAAACGCCGAAGCGCAGCUUUCACGCUCCCGGCCUUCGACCGGGCGACGGCCCCCUUCGUCCGCUCGCGAUGUACAACUGGUGGCCGUAGGAGACCAGAAGCAGCACGGACUAAGGGUCAUGGACGGCUCAGAUGUUCGGCCACAGCUACAAUCGCGUGGUCGUCAAACACCGUCGGAGAUGCUUUCCAGGGAGACGACCCCGAAAGUACCCACUACCCCAUCAUCCGGCGAUGCAGACCUGUCUGCAGCCGUGCAAUACAUGGAUGAGCUGUCUCAGCUGGAAAACGAAAUAGACUUGGCCAUCGGGCUGCAUGACCUCAAUGCAACCCCAAAAAGCGCGCAAGGUCGUGACAAAGCUGGUUCCCCAGGUCUGGGAAAAUACCAACCAGGAUCAGGCCGAAAGCGCCGUGAAAAACGAACUCGCGAGGCGGCGGUACGUGACUUCUUGUCCUCGAGGGAUGGGCGAGUCAGUACGACGGAAUCCCGACCCAAUACCCAGCUACAAGAAGAGAAAGCUUCAUUGGCCGGAGCGACUGGGGCCUUGAGGGAGCUUGAGGCGCCGAUUGAGGUCCUCAUCCAGCAAGCGCAGGCUGCAAUGCCUGAUGACGAUGCAGUCUCGGAUCCAGCUUUGCAACAAACUCUACUGACUGCUGCAAGUGACAGGAUCCUAGAGAGCACACGGGCGGUCAUGAAAGCUGUGCGAGAGCAGCUCGCUAGCCCUUGGAUUGGGAACAGAGACUUUCUGACAGGUGCUUUGAGGCGGUUACAAGAAACGACGCAUCUGAUGGAAACUUUGGUGGAGGUGCCAGAGCAAGCGACCACAGGAGAAAAUGAUUUCAACAUGGGCCUGCUGAGAGCAGGGGAGCCGAGCGCCCCAAUCUUACUUUUCAAUCUCCCAAAUGUCGGCAAUUUAGGCUUUGAUUAUAAGAUUCAAAAGAAAGAGGGAGGUGCUCUCUUACCACCGGGGUUCGAGUCGGGUGGUGCAGACUUAUUCACGCUGACGCCACCCGCUGGGGAAAUUGCACCUCGAGAAUCAGUGAACAUCUCGGCGACCUUUCAAGGGGAUGUGCCCGGGUUGUAUCAGCAAGCGUAUGAGCUAAUAUCGGGUGGCGAAGUGGUCUUGACGUUCACGGCAACAGCUAAGAUCGGGGCUCCAAGGCUGGUUUUGAGCGGCAAUGCGAUCGACUUCGGUUUGAUAGCACGACAGUGCGCAACCUCCCAAACGCUCACGAUCGACAAUGUGGGGUCUUACAAAGACUCAUUCCGGAUUGAAGCUGCAAUUCCUGAGGGCGGACGGCCAGUGUCUCGUGCAUCGAUUGAUUCGCUGCCUUUUGUUCUCAGUGCCUACAAGGGAGACGUGGACAUUGGCGAGAAAUUCCCAUUGCAAGUGACCUUCACAGCACCACAAGAAGGGGCGUAUUCUCAGGUCUUCAAUGUCUUUUGGAGCAAGGAUCCUUUAUCGCUAGAGUGCAAAGGCAUCGGCGGUGGAUACCGUAUUAAGCCGACAUUUGCGGAAGAGGCGGAUAAACUAUUUAACGGUCUGGACUGGGGAAUGUGCGUCGUCGGCGUCGUGUAUGAAAAGAUGUUCUCUUUGACGAAUCUCGGGAACGUCGAAGGAAAUGUGAAUUUGGCUCACAGCAGUGAUUGCUUCCGUUUCGAUGUUGAACGCAACAGUUCCGGAGAGAUUGUGGUCGCCCCGCAGGCGGCGGUGCCUGUGAAAAUCGUUUUUUGGCCCUCUCGCUCGGAAACAAUCAAGGAAGGAGUGCAGAUUAGGCUACCUGAUGGCAAUGUCAGCGUCAUUGCGUUGAAAGCUAUAUCCGGAGUGACGGACUGGAAGGUCGAUGGUGCCUUGAGCUUCACAAACAUGCCAAUCCGUGAAAAGCAAACGGGUACCCUGACCGUUACGAACAUCGGUGACCUUGACAUACCUCUCGAUAUCCUCCUUGAGCCCGAUGAUAGUGAUGCUCCGAUCACAAUGAACAUUCUUGAUUGGCAAGUGGGACAGCCCCUAAGCCCUCAUCUUCCUGUGACCGUGAACAUCAUCGCGGCCCCGCUGAAAGCAUCCGUCGUCAGCGGCACGUUGACACUGAUCACCAAUCUGGGGAAAGAGCCUAUCCAGAAAAAGCACGAGUUCAGCUUCCGAGCGUAUGAAGAACAGCUUAUGAUUGAGAGUGAGAGCGAUGCUUCCGUCGGACGAAUAAUGGUUGGGGAAACGGCAUCAGUCAAGCGUGGCCUUACGAACUUCGGUAGUACCCCUGUGCGGUAUAGGGUCCGAUUGGAAGCUGUAGCUGUACCAGACGAUCCGGAAACUGGCCCCACCCUCGGUGAGGGAGAGACGGACGCCGUCGAUAGCACCAGAAAGCCGUCGAGGAGGAAGAAGAAGCCAAAGACACCGCAGUCGGGCGAGAAAGGAACCACUUUGACGCAAUUGGCGAGUUCGUGGAAGCUAUUGGGCGCUACUGAGGGCGAACUUGUUGCGGAUGGCACCGCUCAUUUGGAAGCCGUCUUCGAAUGUACCGAGGACGACGAUGAUUGGCAAGAGGCAAGAAUGAUUGUCGAAAAAUACACGACUGACGCACCAGGGAACUGGGUGGAAGUGUCUUCAUUCCGGGUAGUGGGAGCAAGUGGCAACCCAAAACUGGUCAUCUUGCCAUCAGAGCUCGAUUUCAAAGAUACAGGUUUGGGCGCGAGGAAGACUAUGAACGUACAGCUGAGUAAUGAGGGAUCAGCCACUGUCAACUAUGAAGUCCUUCCCAACUGGGACUGGGAAGGAAUCAUUUCCAUCCCAGAAGACUUUCCCCGGCAAGGUCGCAUUGAAGCAGAUCAGAUUCAAUCCUUGCCGGUAUCUUUCCGACCCGACCAGCUCGUCCCGUACGUGGCAAACCUGCAAAUUCGUACGCAAGCUGAGACAAAAACGCUUGUCGUGAAGGGUCAAGGAGCUGAGUACAAAAUUUACGACGCCGAGUUUCCUGAAGUGCUGGAUUUUGGCAUUGUCUACAUCGGAAGCUUUGAGGAACGAAAGGUAGUACCUGCAACAUUCGGAGGCUUGCGAAGACCAUAUUUUUUGAUGCGCGAUUCCGUUCACGUCAAAGUUCCCCAUCUCGAACGAUUGCGCUUAUCAAGCGCAAGUAAAUGCCAAAAUGUUCACCGCCCCCCCGACCCACAAUCAACCCGAGCCCGAAAUCGCCAUCGGCGUUCGCGUAACGCCGCCAACGCUUCUUUUGGCGGCAAAUACAGACGCAUCACAAAGGUGCGCACAGUCAGAGGUUAAGAGAAACUGGUUGUACAUUUAUCAGAAAUCAUACAUUUUAUGACUCCGUAGGACAACAGAGGAAUUUACAGUGCGGAUUGACGCCCCGCUUCCUCUCAAUGAUGACGGCAGUGUGAAUGGUCAAAGUAUAACGCAUAUGAUUCGCAAAGGGCUCCGUAGUGCCACUUUCUGCAUCCAGGUG